AUGAUGAAAUGGUGUCUAAUGCUCAGACUCUUAACUCCAACUAAAAUUCCCAUUCUAAAAAUAAGACAUGCCCCCCCAAUAUUUAAUACAUCGAUUGUAUUUUUAUCUUCUAAUUCCGUUGAUACAACAAAUAACAGCAUUCCAAAGCAUACUUCAUCCACACUGUCGAAUAACAAACGCGAACCAUCGAAUCGUAUUCCAAUUGUUAUAAACGAGGCAGAUUUAAUAGAAACAUUUGUCAAAGGAUCCGGUCAUGGUGGGCAGAAAAUAAACAAGACUUCCAACUGUGUGGAUUUGAGACAUAUUCCCACUGGUAUACGAGUUCAAUGUCAACAGACACGAUCUCUUCAAGAUAACCGAAGAAUAGCAAGAAAGAUUCUUAAGGAUAAACUAGAUAAUCACUAUAACGGAGAGUUGAAAAAUGCAUCAGCAGGCAAAGAAGGAGAUGACAAUAUCGACAGCAACAGUAACAAUGAUAACAAUAACAACGACCCCGACAGCAGGUUAGAUGGCCGGGAGUAG